AGCCAUGUGGGCUCGGGGUGCCAGGCCGCGGCGCGGUACAGCCAUGGCUACGGUGCGCCGCGCGCCCAGGGCGCGGCUGCCGAAGCGGCACCGCUGGGAGGGCGGCGCAGUGCCUGGCGUCGCCAGGCUAUGAGGAGCCCUGAUGAUGCGGCGCAGGUGUCUCUGCUGUCGAAGGCCGAUCCGCCAGCGGAGUUUGGCGAGUACGGGCUCGGACGGGAGAUAGGCCGUGGCGCCUCCGGCCGCGUCUACGAGUGCCGCCGCCGGCCCGGCGGCGGGGAGGCCCUGGCGGUCAAGGCGCUGCACCUCCGCGGUAUGAAGCUGAGCCCCCACGGGGAGCGGGCGAAGCAGAGGCUGCAGAGGGUGCUUUCCUCAGGGGGCGACCCCCCGCCGCUCCGUGGGCCGAUCGCGCCCGCCAGAUCGGGAUCGAGAUCGGGCCUCGGAUCGUGCUCGGAGGGAGGCUCCGCCUCCUCCU